AUGACAUUUGCUGGUACGGACGCUCCAUGUGGUGUCGCACAGCUCAGGUCCAUUGGAGGUGUUGGUGGGUCGCAGAACAACAGCCAUGCAAAAGCUCUUUUUGCUCUGAUUAAGGAUCAUCUGGGAAUCGAAGGAAGCAGGAUGUAUAUCGAAUUCAUCGACAUCGGUGCCGCCGACAUCGCCCACAAUGGCAGAACAUUUGGAUAA